CACCAAGCUAGUUAGCUAUAUCCAUUCUCAUCAUACAACAAUCUAGCAUCUAUAUUUUCUCGAAAUAAUGGCCCUCCUCAAACACCUCCUCCUCUCAUUCACCAUUAUCAUCAUUUCUUUUAUUGCUUGUUAUAGCACCUUGCAAGAUCAUGAGGACCCACCAAGUAGUAUAUAUGUUCAUGAUCAUUCAUCUUCCAUUGAUGAUGGUGGGGCAUUCAAUAACCUCAUCAAGCAAAGCACAAAUAUUUUGAGCUUAGAUAUUUACAAUAAGUUGGGUAAUAUUCCUCGCUCAUCACUUAAAAUGGUUAAUGUCAAUGAUUAUGGAGCCAAAGGGAAUGGUCACACUGAUGACACAGAGGCUUUCAAGAAGGCUUGGGAAGAAGUAUGUUCUUCUGGGGAAGCAAUUCUUGUGGUGCCUGAGGAGAAUAGUUAUAUGCUCAAACCAAUCAGAUUCUCUGGUCCUUGCGAACCUAACAUUCAAGUCCAGUUUUCUGGAACCCUUGAAGCAUCAGAUGAUCCAUCAGAUUACAGCGAAGACUGUAGACACUGGCUUUUGUUUGAGAAUAUUAAGAAACUAUAUGUUUCUGGUUGGGGAACCAUCAAUGGAAACGGCAACAUAUGGUGGCAAAACUCAUGCAAAAGAAACAAAAAGCGCCCUUGCAAGGAUGCCCCGACGGCUCUAACUUUCUAUGGUUGCGAUGACUUAAUAGUUGAGAACUUGACGAUAGAAAAUGCUCAACAAAUCCACGUUUCGUUCCAGGAUUCCGUGAAUGUUAAGGUUUCUGGCCUUAACGUGACCUCACCAGAGGAUAGCCCCAACACCGAUGGGAUUCAUGUCACCAAUACGCAAAACAUCCAAAUCUCAAACUCUGUUAUAGGAACUGGUGAUGAUUGUAUAUCUAUAGUACAUGGAUCUAGAAAUGUAGAAGCCAUAAACAUAACUUGCGGACCCGGACAUGGUAUCAGUAUUGGAAGCUUAGGCGCGGGAAAAUCCAAGGAAAUUGUUUCAGGAAUACUAGUGAAUGGAGCCAAGAUUUUUGGAACUAAAAAUGGAGUUAGAAUCAAGACAUGGCAGGGAGGUUCAGGAAGUGCUAGCAACAUCCAGUUUCAGAACAUUGAAAUGGACAACGUGACCAACCCCAUAAUAAUAAAUCAGAAUUACUGUGACAAGAAAAAGAAGCCCUGCAAUAAGCGGCUCUUGCAGAAAUCCGAUGUUCAAAUAAAGAAUGUGGUGUACCAGAACAUAAAAGGCACAAGUGCUUCUGAUGUAGCUGUGAAGUUUGAUUGCAGCGACAAGUUUCCAUGCCAGGAGAUAACAUUGCAGAACAUAGACCUUGAAUGUGAAGGAGGAGAAGAUGCUGAGGCUUUCUGCAACAAUGUUGAAUUGUCUUACUUAGGACACGUUCGCCCUCGUUGCAACUCGGAAAACGGAAAAGCAUCUACCAUGUUCACUUCCAUAUGGAAAGACUACUUAUGAUGAUUUAGCUUUCGUUCACGUUGAUAUAUAUUUUCGGAGGCGGCAAUAUGAUAGCGUUGCUUAUGUUCAAGACCCCGUUGAGGAGGCUCAUCAGAAUGGGGUUGGAUCGGUUGAAGUCCGUUGCGGGACCCUGCUUCUAGUGUUAUUUUUGAGUAUCUACAACAUGUUCAAGAUUCAAAAGCGUGAGAUCGAAGAAGGUGUUGUUGUUAAUCCCAUCAAUCAGGUUCUCAUGGCCAACCACCUCCUCCAAGCUACACUUAUGGUUAUGUGUAUUUUUCUUACCUUUCUUUUUUCGUUUGUUCAUUUCUUUUAUGAAUUCCUAACCUAAUUCGUGUGUGUGUGGAAAAGGUAAUCAAAUCAAUUCAUUCCCUGGAUUAGGUUUCUAGUUUUUAAUUUGUUGGUUCCUUUUGGGAAUGUCUAUGUUGUUGUAUGCUACUGAUUGAUUUAUGGAAAAAUAAAAUCUCAUAGUCCUGCAUGGGAGACGAUGA